AUGUCGUCCCCAGCUAUCGCCCCGCGCCCGGACGCGCCUCCUGCCCCUGCCCCCGCCCCCACCUCUGCCCCCACGAAGUUCAUCAUGCCCGAUCUCGUCUCGCACUGCACCUUCAAGCUGCGCAUAAACAGGCACAGGAAGCAGAUCACCAGCGAGACGAAGAAGUGGCUCUUCCAGGGCGAUAACCUCGUUGGCAAGGCGCGCGACAAGUAUCACGGCCUCAAGGCUGGCCUGUUGACCUCCAUGUGCUACCCCGACGCCGCGGCCCCGCAGCUGCGCGUCUGCAACGACUACCUCACCUACCUCUUCCACCUCGACAACCUAUCCGAUGACAUGGACAACUUCGGGACGACGACGACCGCCGACGUCGUGCUCAACUCGCUCUACCACCCCUACACGUACCGCUGCCCCGCACGCGUCGGGCGUAUGACCCGCGACUACUACAAGCGGAUGCUGCCCACCGCGUCGGCCGGCUGCCAGCAGCGCUUCAUCGAGACGUUCGACUUCUUCUUCCAGAGCGUCACGCAGCAGGCGAUAGACCGUGCGUCGGGCGUGAUCCCCGACCUCGAGUCGUAUGUAGCGCUGAGGAGGGACACUUCUGGCUGCAAGCCCUGCUGGGCCCUCAUCGAGUACGCCAACAACCUUGACAUCCCGGACGCGGUGAUGGACCACCCGGUCCUGCGCGAGAUGGGCGAGGCGGCGAAUGACCUUGUCACCUGGUCCAAUGACAUCUUCUCCUACAACGUCGAGCAGUCGAAGGGCGACACGCACAACAUGAUCCCUGUCGUCAUGAACGAGCGUGGCCUUGACCUUCAAGGUGCCGUCGACUUCGUCGGCGAGCUCUGCAAGCAAGCCAUCGACCGCUUCAACUAUGCGCGCUCGUGCUUGCCGUCGUGGUCGCCCAAGAUCGACCGCGACGUCGACGUAUACGCCGACGGCCUAGCGAACUGGAUGGUUGGAUCACUACACUGGUCCUUCGAGACAGAGCGGUACUUCGGGAAGGAUGGGCACACGGUCAAGGCGACGCGGGUAAUCAACCUGCUCCCUCGACGCGCGUCAGCACCACCUGCGGAGUACCCUGUUCUGCCCCCUGCAACGCGCAAUGCGCGUGUUUCCCGUACGCCCAUCCCAUUCAUCGCUGCUAUACACGGUCCUGACGAUUGUAUAGCCCCUAGCAAGCGCCGUCCGCGUCGGAGUGCAACCGGUGCCGGUGUAAAGAAGCACCGCUCCAUCGUUACUCUCUGCUCCCCCAUGCCUAAUAGUAGGCUUGGUGUUCCUGUCAUCUCUGUGCUUUCUGAAUCUCCUGGAGCAAAGGACUCUGCUUAG